AAUCGGCGCUCAUAGACAUGUGGCGCAGAACUUCGAACAAUAUUAUAAAGGCAGCCUCAACUACCCCUUUCAUCGAUUGCUUCAGAAUCUCAAAACCUGGACACGCUCGGUGCCAUGUCAGAUUCAUCAGGAUCACAGGAUCUUUCUGUGCAACCCCUGUCACUCACAAGGGAACAACGUCUAGAGUUCGAUCGAGACAUGUUCGAAAACAUUAGCGGCAUCCCUGGUAACCCGAUGACUUGGACGGACCGACUGUUAGCCAUCUUUAUCAAUACCGUUAUUUCAUACCCGCGUGAUUAUCUGAAGGACAAAGAUGUCAUGAAAAGUAUGUCAACGACGGCUAUAUCGCAAACACUACAGCAACACCCUAAACUACGGGAAAUGGUGCGCAAGAUGUGCCAGACGGGCAAGCUCUCCGAAAUCGCCGAUUUCAAAAUAUUUCAGAUACCCCAAGCUAGCAGGAUCAACAUGCCCUUGGUUCACUCGCAAGACAAGGAAUUUCUCUAUAAUUCAUUCUACAGACCUUACCUUGGGAAGGCGGUGGACGGUUUUUACGAGUACCUGAAAGACAACAAUAUCAAGUUUAAGGGAGUUGGCGCCCAUAUGCCUUACUAUGCCAAGUUCUGUUCGAUCGUCCAAAGUUCUGGCACAGGGAAAUCGAGACUAUUGACCGAGCUCCGGAAAAAAGGCGUUGUUGUGCUGUACAUGAACCUUCGUGAACCAAGCGAUGACGGCUUCCCGGAGCGAGACCCAAUUCCUGCGCGUAUAUUGACGGAAAAAACGGACUGCGCUCAAACCGAGUAUACCACUCAUUGUUGCGCGCUAUUUACAGCCAUAUUCCGGGCGCUCACGAAGGAACUAGGGAGUAAGCCUUCGCUGCCCCCUGGUGAUCCAAUCACAUCGUGGAAUGAUAAAAUGUGCGACGUGCGCUCGAAAGCUCGUACCAAGUUCUUUCAGACAGUUGAAUCUCUAUAUGAGAAAAUCCUUAACGAGAUCAAACUGAAGACACUUGAAAGGAACGCAGAUACGGAUCGUGCUGUGCAAACAGUGCAGCAGACUGUCGUCGAGUCAGACAGUCUGUACAGCGACCUGGAAGAAUCACAGCAAACCAAUGACGCUAGCAGCUCAGCAGCGGCUUCGCAAUCACGUCAAUCACCUGCAUCCAAGAAACGCAAGAUAUCAAACGAAAAAGCCGAGCCUUCGGGAAGUAAAAAUGACGUCCCAGCGCCGAAAUUGGAAGGGGAAUCGUUUGUCAAGGAAGCUUAUGCAGAGAUGUUGACAGCUAUGUCAGGCGUGUUUACUGAGCAGGACGAGGAUUACCCCAAACUCGUGAUUUCAGUUGACGAGGCCCACUCUCUGACAAAAACGAGUAGCAACGGUUUUCGUCCAUCACAUAUUCUUGGGAGGGUGAUCAACUGCUACUCCGAGGGCGAGGAUACAUCAGUCUGGGUCGUAUUUGCAUCCACGACUCCACAUGUGGUAGAUUUUUUAGCUCCUCCGGUGAUCCGUAAGCACCCGUUCUUCGUCGUCCGUUUCCAAUCUUCACACAAUCCUGCAGAUGAUUCUCAGCGCGUAGCAGUAGGCGGCCACCUUUUAUUUCAACCUUAUACGCAUCUUGGUUGGGACCAGCACGCAGACCGUUUGUCUGAUAUACCGGCGAAUGACGCCGGAAAGUUCAAACACAUCGUCAGAUUCGGUCGUCCACUGUGGAAAUCGCUUGUGGACACACGUAAUAUCGGUGAUAUUUUGAAAUCGGCUGCUCACAAGCUGCUCAAAUCGACUUUCUUUGACCCGUCGGAUACGAACCAGGCUCUCGCUGUCCUGUCUCAGCGAUUCGGUCUCGACAUCUGCUUUGGUCACCCCGAUGCCGUUUCUUAUGUUGAAAAAGGGGUGGCUAGCCACCUGCGGAUAUGCUUCUCGACGACCCAAGAUAGGUCAUGGACCUAUACCGGUUAUCCAUCAGAGCCCCUUCUGUCUUGUGUUGCAGCGGAUCUACUCCAUUCUGGGACCACCACCAGUCUAGAGGGCGCUUUGGGGGUCUUGAAGGAAAAGGUUGAUGGGGGGAUGGUCAACAUAGGACAGAGCGGAGAGUUGGUCAGCAGACUUGUGCUGCUUCUUGCGAAAGACAUGUACGUUCGCGGCCAUCUCUCCGAAGGCACAAUACACCAUCUACGCUACAAGGGAAGUGGGGAUGCGGAAUUGAUGGACUGCCAGAAGGUCUCCGUCCUCGAUUUCCUGCGAUACCUUUUUGGCAAGGAGUUCUGGCCGUUGAGGGCCAAUACAGCUUUUCGGCACGCCUACAUCAAUUUCUCGCAUUGGGUGUCCAUGUCAGAGUUGAUAUCCCCCGGGGCGGAAGAUCCCGAGCAACCUACAUUCGAGCUGUUGAGUGCCGAGGAGUGGACUCUGCGACACUGGGUUCGCACAAGCGCGGUGCAAUGCUGCCAUCUGCAGCCGCUCGUUGACAAAAUGAUUCCAAUAUAUUUUGAUGAUCCCACCCUCGGCUCCGACGAUGUCCAACGCGUUUCUCAAAUUUUCAUUUCGGACAAAGCGGGGAAGAAUCCUAAUGCGCGAGAUCUGGGGGUCAUGAUGCGCAAGCAUGAUUCGAUCAAGUGUUUAUCCGCUCUCCCAUAUAUCGCUAUCCUUCUGGACUUCGGUGUGGGGUCACGGGUCACAGCCACAUUUCCAGAGAGAGACCCAAACCAUGCCGAAACGGACCAAUGCUUACGGAUCUACGCUGCUGGAAUGAACGACACCACAUUCCCAUUCUUAUCUAAAACCAUCGUUGCAUCACAGCUACGAGGGCUUAUCUCUCGGGAGGAAGCACCAACGCAGACGAAUCUCGACGCCCUCGUCAAAUUCGGGAGUACUGCUAGGUUGCGCAACCUGCAGUGGGAAAAACAAGACUGA